UUGCUUCGUCCCCCUUCUCACGCCUUUUCCGAUAUGAGCCAGUGGGAACUAGAGUUUGCGUUUACGUCAUGCCCCCUAGCAACUACGGGCAGAUUAUGUACACUACCAGAUUCUCCCUUUCCCCUCGCUGCUGGUGGCAUGUACUAGAAUAGCGAGAGCCCUGGUUUGUGCGUCUGACAGUGGGUGGCCCGCGCAGUUGGAACUUUUUUGGAUAUGCGGCUCUCGACUGCAGCUGCAUUCACAGCCCUUACCCUGUCUACCUGCCUUUUUGCCGCCGACCCCAUAGCUGUACAGGGGCAAGGUUCCCUGGUGCGCGUGGGGGCCGACUGUGAAGUAUGUAAAGAAUUUCUGGAAAGAUUCUACAGCUUCUUAAUAGCCAAAGGUGUCGACUUUUCCCAGGAAACCAUAGAAAAUGAAUUAAUCAGCAUUUGCUUAGAUUCCAAAGGAAAAGAAAAUCGUCUGUGCUAUUAUCUCGGAGCAACAAAUGACGCAGCCACAAAGAUCCUAAGUGAAGUCACUCGCCCCAUGAGUGCCCAUGUACCAGCAAUAAAGAUUUGUGAGAAGUUGAAGAGGAUAGACAGUCAGAUCUGCGAACUUAAAUAUGAGAAGAAGCUGGACUUAGAAUCAGUGGAUCUGUCGAAGAUGAGAGUUGCUGAACUGAAAAAGAUUCUCAGCAGUUGGGGAGAGGAGUGCAAGGCAUGCAUAGAAAAAUCAGACUUAGUGGAUCUCAUUAAAAAGUUGGCACCCAAGUACACACCUGCAAAUCCAAGAUCAGACCUUUGAUUGAUGUUUGAAAAAAGUGGCUACAUUAGCAAUUCAUCAAGAUGAUGACCAUUCUGGCCUUAAACAAUGGGAAUUAUAGGCUACUGAUAUAACCAGACAGCUUGUGGCACAGGUUAUGAUACUUGUUUGCCCUGGUCUCAGAAUACAUUACUUGUCUUUAUGAGUAAUGCUACCAAUACUAGAUGCCUUAUAUUUACUGUGUAUACAAAUGUCAUGUUCCUUCUAAAGGUAUCAGAGUGUUUUGGCUUACUUUCUCCUCUCACAACUUACUCCUAAAAUAAGUGGAAAGCAGCACUUCUCCCUCUCUUAGAGAGGGAAAAAUUGGAGCACUCAGGGUUUAUCAGUACUGACCAAACAGGCCUUGUUCCCAUUCUGACAUCAACCAUUAGUCAAAAAUACUAGACUUAGAAAAAACAUCAAUUUUUCUUUUAAAAAAUCCACUUUAGGGCAGCUAGGUGGCGCAGUGGAUAGAGCACCAGCCCUGGAGUCAGGAGUACCUGAGUUCAAAUCUGGCCUCAGACACAUAAGACUUACUAGCUGUGUGACCCUGGGCAAGUCACUUAACCCCAAUUGCCUCACUUAAAAAAAAAAUCCACUUUACUUUACAAUCACUUUGAAGACAGUUUCAAAACCCUAGCAUACUCAGAGUUUCAAAAAUAUUGAGUGUUCUUACGUUUAGGCGUUUUUGGUUUUUGGUUUUUUUGGUGAGACAAUUGGGGUUAAGUGACUUUCCCAGGGUCACACAGCUAGUAAGUGUUAAGUGUCUGAGGCCAGAUUUGAGCUCAGGUCCUACUGACUUGAGGGCCUGUGCUCUAUCUACUGCUCCACCCAGCUGUCCUGCUACAUUUAGAAUCUAUAUAUAAUUAUAUGCCUUUGAUAUAUUUGAUCUCCAAAGUAGGAAAUUUGGAGGAGCUGCUAUAAAAUUAUUUUCCUCAGCUAAUUCUGUGACAUUUCUUAAUCUGUUGGUCAAAGAGGCCUAGAGUAACUAGAUAAAAAUAAACAUCUAGGUUUGCUAUAACAAGAAUGGAAAAAAUGAGUCAAUAUUUGUCUUAUUCACAGAACCAGACCCUUUAGUUUUUGCUGUUCAUGGUCACUAUUUAUACAUGCAUACAUACAUGUGUGUGUGUGUGUGUAUAGAUAUAGAUAUAUAGAGA